AUGGGAUCUCGUUCUCCUUUUGCAAGGCUUCCCUACGGAGAAACUUUGUUCGGGAAUGCAACUGGUCGAUGUUCAAACGGUCUACUAAUGAUCGACUUUUUCGCAUUAUCAGCUGGUCUUCCAUUGCUCAAUCCUUACCAAGAAGCCGAAGCGAACUUCGAACAUGGCGUAAACUUUGCUGUGGCUGGAUCCACUGCUUUACCUGUAAAAGAACUGGCAGAUAUGAAUAUUCUCUCUCCAGUUACCACGAGUUCACUUGAUGUACAACUGGAUUGGAUGCACUCUCAUUUCAAUUCAGCAUGCAAUAAUCAAACAGAUUGUGCACAGAAGAACGCCAAUUCUCUCUUCAUGGUUGGGGAAAUAGGAGGUAACGAUUAUAAUUAUGCACUAAUCCAAAGAAAAUCCAUUCAAGAAUUGAGAGAGAUGGUACCACAAGUUGUUGCCACCAUCUCUAAUGCUGUUAGGAGAGUAAUCGAUUUUGGGGCGACACGAGUAGUUGUACCAGGAAAUUUACCUAUCGGGUGCCUUCCAAUCUACCUUACCGGUUUCCAGACAAAUGACUCAACUGCUUAUGAUGAUUUUCAUUGUCUGAAAGACCUAAAUAACUUUUCAAUCUAUCAUAACGAGCGUUUGCAACAAGCCAUCAAGGAGUUGAAGACCCAAUAUCCAAAUACUACUAUUCUCUACGGUGAUUACUAUAAUUCCUUCCUCUGGGUUUUAUCUCGAGCCCGAUUUCUUGGGUUUGAUUUAAAUUCUGUACAAAAAGCUUGUUGUGGAAGUGGAGGGGCUUACAAUUUUAAUCUAGCAAAGAUGUGUGGAGCUCCAGGGCUUCGGAUACGCCGAACCCCAACCCUUUCAUCAUACCAUCCUCGUCUUUCCUCCUGGGAUCAAAAUAAUUCUACCGUACAAGCCUCUCCACCAGCUCUAUCCACUCUGGCCAUGGGUGCACCAACUCCACCUCCCCUUUCACAUUCGCCAACCCUUCACUACGAUUCUCAUCCUGAAUCUCUUGUACAAAUCCAGACUGAAGUUCCUCUUAUGUGUUAG